AUGCCGUUUGAUUCCCGCUUUAACUCACUUCUCAUUUUAGGAGCUGGUAUUGUUCUCAACUCACCCCUAAUUUCCUCUGUGAAUUCUUCAAUUUCUCGCGAAGAUUUCCUGCAUCAUGGCUCAAUCUGCUGAAAUCGCUCACCUGGAACUCGAUCCUUCCAAGAUCAAGAGCUCCGAACUUGCUCUCAUGCGCGAUCUCCUAGGAGCGCCCUUCAAAAUCCACCAUCCAGACGCCGUUGGUGGGAUUUCGUUGACCCACAAUCCAGCGCCAGAACGUUUCCUGAUGAUGCAUUACGACUUGGUUUUUCAUGGCUUCAAGCUUCCUCUUCAUUCCUUUAUCCGUGAAGUAUGCAGGAAUUGGGAUAUUCUCCCUAAACAGUUUACGACCAAUUCGCACAAGUAUUUGGUGUCUUACAUUCAGCGCUGCUGCGAGAAGCUUAGGACCCCUUCUAUUGGAUUGGGGUUGUGUUCUGUUUUCCGGCGAUUCGACGGCGGCUCGCUGGCGGUGGCUACGGCUGGCGUACGGGCAGUUUCCGGCGGGUCCGAUUUGGACCCAAUUGUUGGGGCUGACCAGGUCGUGGGACCGACUGUCCGGGGUUUUGGGCCGGUGGGUCCAGCUGUUAGGCCGGCUGCAUUGGGCCGUUGGGCCGGCAGCGUUGGGCCGGUUGAGUGGGGCUGCCUGAACGGGCAGCGGGUUGGGGCUGCCGGAAUGGAUCCGAACGUGAACCUCAACUACAACCACUCCGAGGGAGAUAGCGUGUCUCCCCAGCAACUUAAUGCGAACCAGAACCAGAAUGCCCCUCAUCAGGAAGCCCCGCACGGUGGAUUUGCUGGGAUCCCGCAGAUGGAUCCUGCUCUCCUGAUGCAGCUCAUGCAACAAAUGCUGAUCAUGAAUCAGAACGCAUUGGCUAGGCAGCUUGAGCCAAGGAUUACUUUGGAGAGAUUGAGGAAGGAUGGUGCUGAAGAGUUCCUCGGGGAGAACAUCGCUGAUCCGUUGGUAGCGUUCCGGUGGCUGGAGCGCGUACGCCGCGUGUUCGAGAACUUAAAGGUCCCCGUGGGUGAGUGGGCUGAUCUCGCUGUGAUGUUGCUGCAGAACAACGCGUAUGAGUGGUGGAAACGCACCUCACGGAAUGCCGACCACCCUCCCCAGUUGACGUGGGAGUAUUUCGAUCACGUGUUCAGGGAGAAGUACAUUCCGGAGUCUUUUGUUGAGGAAAAACGAGAGGAAUUUGUGCACCUGGAGAUGGUGACCAUGAGCCUUCCGGAAUACCGGCAGCUCUUUGAUCACGAGGCAGAGUUUGCUCAAGAUCUCGUGAAUACUCCAAAGAGACGAUGCGAUAGAUUUGUUAAGGGCAUGCGCAUGAACCUCCAGGAGGGUAUGUCUACGGCAUCUAGGCAAGACUUUGGCGUCAUGUAUGAGCAGGCUAAGGAGGUGGUCAGGACCCGUGAGGGAGCAAAGCUGGUAGUGAAGCAAAAGGCAAACAAGAUGCCGGUUCAGGUAGCCAGUGCUGGUAAGGCCUAUUCGGGGAAGAGACCUCUGAGUGGGUCUGGUAUUCAGUCGUCCAAGAAAGCCAAGUCAGUACCAGCUCACUCAGUGGCAUCCAGCAGCAAGACAAGGUCGUCAAAGCAUCCGAUGUGUGAAUCCUGUGGGAGGAACCAUCCAGGGGAGUGUUGGAGGAGUUUAGGGUUGUGCAUGGGAUGCGGACAGUCUGGGCAUUACAGGAGGGAUUGUCCUACUAAUCCUGGUCUUCCGUUCCCCACGGCUGCAGCAUCCACUCAGACGACGGCUCCCCGACCUGCCCAGAUCGCGAGAGGUCAGUUGGAGAGUCCGAUGCUAGUGUCCAAUCCCCUUGGGCACAGUAUGAGCCUACAUCACGUCUACCGACAAUGCCCUUUGACCACGCGUGGGAAGAUCUUUCUCGCAGAUCUUAUUGAACUUCCAUACAAGGAAUUUGACAUUAUCCUUGGAAUGGAUUGGCUUACCGAGCACCAGGCAGUCGUAGAUUGCAGUUCAAGGACCGUACGGUUGAGAGCACCGGAUGGAGACACAAUCAUGAUCGAUGGGGAGUUAUUUCCUAGGCGCCUGAGUUUAUCUCUUAUAUGCAAGCCAAGAGAUUGGUCCGAAAGAAGUGAGGACGACGAGUUCUGUCGCAUGACACGGGACCUUGUCUCUAGUGGGAAGAGACCAGAUUUUACUGUUGGUGCUGAUGGAAUCUUGUUUUUCCGCAACCGUCUUGUGGUACCAUGCGGGGCCGUGAGGGAGCGGCUAUUACAUCCGACUCAUCGGUUACCUGAAGGCGCGGUGACUCUGGACGAGAACUUGACCUAUGAGGAGGAGCCGGAGCAGAUUUUAGCACGAGAAGUGAAAGAGUUGAGGAAUAAGCGGGUGCCUCUAGUCAAAGUCUUGUGGCGUAACCAUGCUGUCGAAGAGGCUACGUGGAAGACCGAGGAGUCCAUGAGAGUUCAGGCUCGCUGUUCUGAACCCGACCGUACGAACGAAUUGAGAAUCGGACUUGCUGGGCCUAAGAUACGAAUGCCGAAUAAGAUUGGAUUGGGGUUGUGUUCUGUUUUCCGGCGAUUCGACGGCGGCUCGCUGGCGGUGGCUACGGCCGGCGUACGGGCAGUUUCCGGCGGGUCCGAUUUGGACCCAAUUGUUGGGGCUGACCAGGUCGUGGGACCGACUGUCCAGGGUGUUGGGCCGUUGGGUCCGUCUGUUAGGCCGGCUACAUUGGGCCGUUGGGCCGGCAGCGUUGGGCCGGUUGAGUGGGGCUGCCUGAACGGGCAGCGGGUUGGGGCUGCCGGGUCAGUCCGGCAGCUUGUCGGCUGAUCCGGUGGUGAAUGAUACUGCUCCGGCGGGGGCAGCGGGCCCGAGGAUCGAUUCCUUGGUCUCGACUCCGCGCAGGUAAGUUGGGUUAAUUGCAAUUCGGGUUGUUUGAUUAUGCAUGACGGUAAUUGCGGGUCUUUGGCCCGGAUAGGCCGCUACGUGACUUGUUGUGAGUUGUGAACUGAGAUUUAAAUUAAAUUGAUCUUGUUGGU